AUGGGACAACUUCAAGGUGGAGGCAGUGAUGGCUCCGUGUCGAUGAGGCUCCAUCUUCAAAGUGGAGGCAGUGAGGUGACGGGAAGGAAGCCCCGAUGCCCCUCUGAUGGGCUCUUGGCUACGCCGUGGCAGAGGCCCGAUACUCCGGGCAAAGAGGAGGGACUUGUUACCGGCGCACCUGAGGCGUUCCCAACCCAGGCAUUGAAUAGGGUCGUUUCCGUGAGGGCAAACUGCCCUGUCGGCAUAUGCGCCUGCGCGAUUAUUAUUAUUAUUAUUAUUAUUAUUAUUAUUAUUAUAUUAACGCAAAAAAGGGGCGCGGUUUUUGGGCGGGGGCGCGCCCUGGCGGGCCGGCGGCGCGCCGGCGCUGUGCGAGGCAGGGACUUUCCCGCGCCAGGCCGCCCCCGCCGGCCGCCGCCCGCCCCGCGGCGCCGAGAGAGAAGCGCCGGCGCUAUAAAAGCCGCGCCGCGCCCGCGCCGACUCGUUGCCGACGCUCCACCCGCCUUCCAGCGUCCACGCCAGGCGACGCUCCGGACGCACGACAUGAGGCUCAUCCUGCUGCUCACGGCGCGGCCACGCGAUGGCGAGUGCGGCAGUCCAGGAGACGCGUCACGCGUGUUGAUGCGCGCGGGAGGGGAAAUGGCGAUACGCUGCAAUAACGGGACUUGUUACGCCAAUACGGUAGGGUAUGCGUCGCUCCUGUUCGAGCAAGCGCCAUGA